UACGUUUUUGUCGUUAGUUUUUUUUCCUUUUUUUUUUUUUUGCUUUUGGUUAACAUUGUACGUGUGUGUGCGUGUAAUUUAUAUUGUGCUAACAAUUUGUUGUACUUGUCGUCGUCGUUUUUUUUUUUUCUGCUGCUGUUGUUGUUGCUGUUUUUAUAGCUAGAAAAAAUUAAAAAAAAAAGUAGUAAAAUUACUUGUGUUACCAGCGUAAGAAAAAAAAAAAGAAAAAAAAAAGAAAAACAAAAAAUAUCGUGUACGAAAUACAAUACCAAGCUAAAGAAACUAUUAAAGAGGAAAAGAUACUUAUCUAAAAUUCGAAUAAAUCUUUGGAUAAAACUUAUAUUGUUUCCAACUACAACACAAAGAUUUCUUAUGGACGAGGAAAUGAUAUAAAUAAAAAUUAACCUAUCUACGCAGUAACUCAAAGCAUUAAAUCUGCCAUUUGUUAACGAAACUAAGUUGGUGAUUACAGGCACUAGCACUUUGCGCACUGAAGCCAAAAUCAUAUAAAGCUUCCCCUAUGAGCUGCUUCAACAAAAUGUUACAAAAAUUUUAUUAAACAUUACCCGUCAAUGGGUGCUGGGUCGUCUCUACAAAUGCUAACCAUUUCACAAAAAAGACUCUAGUCAGUCUUGUAUUUUAAGAACUGUUUUGAUAUAAACGGAAAAGUUGAUCAAUAAUCAUUCAACACUUACAUCGUAAUUGUCAUCAUUAUUAUCAUUAUCAUCAUAAUGCCAUAUUUUCCGAAUGUUCAUAAAAGCAGUAAUAAAAUGAGCAGCAACACGUCGUUGGAUAAUGCCUCAGAUCAGGAUUAUAGUGAAUUUUUGAGUGAAUAUCUCUUACAAACGCAUUCACCUAAUAAUGAGCCGGAAAUUCAAUACGAGGAAGGCGAGUUAGAGGCUGAAUGGCUAAUUGCGGCUGGUUUUCCGCAGCUAACAAAACCAUUUGAACAGGGUCUUGAGUUGCGUUCUUCGGAAUUGGAACCAAUAUUAGCGUCACUCUCCAAACCUCAUGCCGAAGCUAUCAAGCAACGUGUACGCACUCUCAAUCAAACGGUACGUGGACGCAGCAAAAAUCGUCAAAAGCGCAAGCCAGACAUACGGGAUGUCUUUCGAGAUUUUGAUGAAUCAAGUACUGGUACACGUUCACGGAGUGCUACGCCGGACUCUUUGGAUUCCAUACAAGGCGACGAGGUUUGGGGUAAUGCUUCCAUACCAUGUUUCGUAACUAGUUAUGAUAAUAGCAAUGUGGACAAUGGGAUUGCGAAUGGCGGUAGGAGCAGUCAUUCGCCAUUGUUUUCGGGCAAAAAUCUGAAACAAAAAUUGCGACGAACACCAAGCGCCCCAUUGAAGAGCGCUACAGAUAUAUUUCGUGGAACGCAUGUACGCUGUGAUAUACCAAUGUACUCGGCUGAUGGUAUAGAAUUGCUGGGUUUUUCACGUAUUGGAACCAUACAUAUAUCAAGAAAUCGUUCAGGUUCAGAUCCUUCAUGUUCGGUGGGUCGUAGUCGGGGCCAAAUGAUGAAUCAAGACUCGCAAAGUGAUAAUAACACGUCAUCGGGGGAUUCGAGUGAUGAGUGUUUGCUUAGCAUAAAACAUUUAACUGACAUACCAACAAAGGAAAGUGCUCCGCAAAAGAUUUUAAAUAAAAUAAAUCUCUAUACACCGCCUCAAAGUGCUCAGAAUUCACCAUCGUCUCGGGAUGGCGUCAGUUUUGAGAACAUGUGCCGUAAGAGUUCUAGUCAAGAUGUUGUGGACACUGUCGAUAGCAGUGAUGUGUCGCUAGAAUUUUACUCUGACAUUGAUACCAUUAAUGAAGCGGAAUUGAAGCGUUUACAGCCGCUAUUUUGGCUGGAAGUGGCUUCAAUUUUCGAUCGUAAUAACGUGCAAUUUGAUAAAAGAAAACCCGUGAAGAGGCGUCGCAAAGAAGAAGGCAAUCUUUUUGGUGUCUCGAUAAAUGCUUUAAUACGUCGGGACCAACAGGUCACUGGCAAGGAUUCGACUUUGGUGCCUUUGUUUUUGGAGGGUCUGUUAGCGGAGCUGACCAAACGUGGCGCCCGCGAAGAAGGAAUUUUACGCGUCGGUGGCCACAAACAAAAGACUGAAAUACUUUAUCAAGAACUUGAAUCGCAUUUCUAUCAGAAACACAAAAAAUAUGAACAACUCUUAAGCACGGCCAGCGUGCAUGAGUUGAGCGCUUUGCUUAAGCGUUGGCUACGGGAAUUGCCUCAACCUUUGCUAAGCAAUGAACUCAUACAAUUAUUUUAUCAGUGUCACGCACUCCCGCCUAACGAUCAAGCCAAAGCUUUGGCCAUUAUAUGCCAAUUGUUGCCGCAUGAGAAUCGUAAUACGUUGAGAUCAUUGUUGCGUUUCCUUAAUUAUGUUGUCGAACAAAAGGAGGCAAAUAAAAUGAAUUUGCAUAAUGUAGCGACAAUGAUAGCGCCGUCCUUCUUUCCGCCACGUUUCGUUCAUCCAAUUAAUAAGAACAGCAUUGAAGAGCAAGUAAAAAUGGCCGCUCAAUGCUGUUGUUUAACUAGCAUUCUAAUUAUCAAAGGCGAGGCUUUAUUUCAGGUGCCAAAUAAUCUUAUUGAAGAAUCCCGCUCAAGCAAAAGGGGCAAACGUGGUUUACAUCGCCGGAAUAAAAACUCUUCUUCUUCGCUUCUACCGACAACUCUUAAUAAUAACAAUAACACCUCAAAUAUUAACAACAACAAUAAUAAUAAUAAUAACAACAACAACACCAAUACCAUAACAAUAGGUAUAGAUGGUGGAAUGAAAAAUCGUACGUCUCCAUCUCUAGUAUCACAACCGCCUAGAUCGCCUAAUGUUAAUCCCGGUCAUGUUCACCGCUUAAUCAUUUGAUGGCGAACAUGGCAGAUGAAACUACAGGAAAGAGUGGUAGAAGACCAAAGUCACCAUCAAUCAAUCUAUAUUUAAAGCGUGUGUGAUGGUCUUUUUUAGAAAUGGUGUCUAAUUGUGUUACAUAUUUUUCACAUAUAUAUGAUAGUUAAAGAGAAAAAAAAAAGCAAGAAACAAAAGUUAAAAAGAGAAAUAGUUUAUAGAACAUACUGCACA